GAUAGUCUCUAGACUAUACGAGACGCAUAUAUAUAUACACUGCUGUGCCCCUCGUACGUGUGGGGUCGAUUAGCUCAACACUCGAUGCCAGUGAGAUCAACUGCCACUACUCCGCGUGGGUUCGACAAGCUUGAAAUUCGAUGCCAUCUAGCUCUACAAAUUGGUUGCGAUGAACAACUAGUUUCGACGCGGGAUAGUUUUCACCAGGUUUUUCUAACGCUGUGAAUCAUAAAGUAACAACGUCGAAGACUGGCAAGCUGUUGAGACAGAUCUGUUGACUGACAAUACACACACGGAAGCACGACCGUGUCGAUACGUCACAUCCGCUCCGAAGAUGACUCGAAUGCACGUGAAACACGUCGUGUUCUAUCAACACGAACCGACGUUUCGCGAGAAGUUUUCGCGCCAAUUCCACUACAACAUCGGCCCGCUGCUGCACAUGCUCUUGGCGCCCAACAUCUGCAUCGUGUUGUUAGGGUACAUAUACCUCACGCCCGCGCACCGCAACAACGUGGACGGGCUAGGCGGACCAGCGGGCUGUGGCGGUGUCCCCGCGUACAAUCAGACACUAUACAAUAAAACAACGCACAAUCAAACAAUAUACAAUCAUCUCAACGACAGUGAACAUUACGACGUUCCCGCCGGCGAUAUAACCGGAAGCGACGCGACGCGCGCACCGGUGACGUCAUGCAACGUCACCGACGACGUCAUCAUCCGUUUGAAGUUCGCCGACCUGUACGUGGAGUCGUGGAAGCUGGCCGGCUACGGCGAAUGGAGAGUGUGGCUGUUCAUCGCCGUAUUCUCGGCCUGGGCGUGUCUCCUGCAGCUCGUCCUCGGCGGGAAGAAAUACGAAGGUCCGCAGACGAGAAGCGGACACGUGCCAGUCUACAACAACUGUGGUUUCCGCUACUACGCGAUCAACACCUUCAUCAUGGCGAUCCUCAUCGGCUUCGAAGCCUUUGAAGCGAAGCCGUUCUUCGAUAGACUGCCACACCUUGCCGGCGCUCUCAACAUCUACGGCUUCGCCAUCAGCGCGUUGCUCUACCUCAAGGGAACGUACUAUCCGUCGGGGACCGACUACAGUUCGUCUCGUCACCGCGUGUUCGAUUUCUACUGGGGCGCGGAGUUGUACCCGCGCGUGCUGUGGGAGAAAGUCGACGUGAAACUGCUCGUCAACUCUCGAUUCGGCAUCAUGCUCUGGCAGCUCAUCGUGUGGUUAUCGUGGAAAACUCACGUCGAAACGUACAGUUGCAACUGGGCGGCGUCGGUGAUCACGCUCAUGCAGACCGUCUACAUCGCAAAGUUUUUCUGGACGGAGGACGGGUACACGAAAGGUAUCGACAUGCACAUUGAUCGAGCAGGGUUCCUGACGACGUGGACGUACGUGUGUCUCGUUCCUUGCUUCUACUCGCUCACGGCCGUAGACAUGCGCUACCACGCUCCGUCCGUACACUGGUGGCUCGCCCUCCUUCUCUUCAUCGCUGGCUUCCUCGUCAUGGUGAUGACUUUCUGGGUCGACUUCCAGCGACGCAAGAUGCGAGAGACGGCCGGAAACUGCGAGGUGUGCUGUCGGCCGCCGCGUCUCAUCGUCAUGGCGACGUACCCGCCGCACGGGGGCGCUGCGACGUCGUCGCUUCUGCUCGCGUCCGGCUGGUGGGCCGUCGGUCGCCACGUGAAUUACUUCUUUGAGAUCCUGACGGCGGUGGCGUGGGCGCUGCCGGCCUGCUUUCACGAUCACUGGUGGGUGCCUUUCCUCUACUUCGCGUACAUCGGUGUUUUUCUCCUGCAUCGGUCGUGUCGGGACGAACGCCGUUGUCGCAUGAAGUACGGUGACAAGUGGGAUGAGUAUUGCGACAUCGCUAGCUGGAGAAUGAUUCCCGGAGUGUUCUGAGCGUGAUGUGCGACGGCGUGUUGUAUGCGG